ACAUCCCAGGUAUUUACCUAACAUCUGGAACAGUAUUGAGUAAUUGACCGCAGGUGUGCAGUGGGCAGUUGCUCACCCACUGGGGAGAAAAGGUGUCAGGAAAAAUGUCUCUCAAGAUGGCUUCAAAGCACUGCUCCAAAGUGCACUCUAAUCUUUUAUAACUAACUUCUACAAAAUACACAGGUCAUAACGACCCCUAUGGGAUCAUCACUUUUUCUAACUUUCCAUAAACUUCUAAUGUCAGAGGAGCCCAGACUCAAGGUCUUCCAUCCACCAAGGUUUUCAGUCUCACUUGUUUACUUGUCUGUCCCCUCCUCCCGUUCUGAUUAGCAGAAACUGCCAGCUAGAUAUGACCUUGCUUCUGAAAGCCUGUCUCCAAAUUAACCCUUAACGGUAUGUGGUGUUCUAUUUCAUUAAUUCGUGGUGACUGAAUGCACAUAAUAUGGCUGCAAUUAGUUUGAUCACAUUCUGGGGUACACACAGCCCUCAAAUCCAGGCCAAUAAUAGUGGACCUUAGACUGCAAUCUGCAAGGAGCUCACCGGGGGCAGGCAGACUGAAGGAGAUGAGCAAGUGGAGGGCCAGGGUGGAAACAGGUCCCCUCUGCCCCAUAUGUCCAUCCCUCCCUUUCCUCCCCACUGCAGGGUUAUCGGGAGGCAGAGACACCAUGGCCCAGAGGGGACACCACCUGAUGAUGAUGCUUGUCUGGCUGGCCACGUGGCUGGCUCUGGCCAGGGGGGAGACGCGCUAUGAGAAGUUCUUGAGGCAGCACGUCGAUUACCCAAAGAGCAGUGUCCCGGACUCCAGGACCUACUGCAACCAGAUGAUGCAGCGCCGGGGCAUGACCUCAUCGGUCUGCAAGUUCACCAACACCUUCGUCCAUGCCAAUGGUGCCACCAUCACCACUGUCUGCGGCUCUGGGGGGACCUCGGCGAGUGGGGACCUGAGAGACAGCAAAGCCUCCUUCACCCUCACCACCUGCCGGUUGCAGGGGGGAUCACAGACACCGCCCUGCAACUACAAUGCAGACACCAGCACCCAACACAUCCGCAUCGCCUGUGUCGGGGGGCUCCCUGUGCACUAUGACAAAUCAAUAUAGCCUGGGCCCAUUGCACAGCACGGUCAGUUCCCCCCAGC